AUGGCAUCGUUAAAUAACAUGGGAAGUAAACUCAUUUUACAAAAAGCGAAGGGAUAUGAUGGUACUGAAGAUGUAUUUACUUCUACCCAUGUCUGUCAACCAUCUGCAGUCGGUAUUCCCCAGACAGAUAUCUCUCCAUCCGGCCCUAGAGCAAAAGAAGAAGACAGUGACCUUUACGAAGAAGGAACCAAUUUACCGGACAAGAACGGCAGAUAUAUCUACAGGUCGAUUGAUAGACAUCUGGACUUCCUUAGGCCGGGUUUGAGGUUCGGUGGCUCACAACUGUCAAAAUAUACAUAUUAUACUGUGGAAGUGAAAAUAAAUACAGUAAAUCUGCCUUUCUCUAAAUACUCGCAAUCUUUGGACCCACAUGUUACAGGUACCUUCACUAUUCGAAAUUUGACACCAGUAUUGGACAAAGUUGUCACUUUUUUUGAGGGCUACGUCAUUACUUAUGACCAAUAUUCGUUGUGCUCCCUGCAUUGGCCCGCAGAAGAAACCUUAAGACCGUACGUGGCACAGAGAGAAAGUGAUAGCUCUCAUUGGGAGAGGUUCGGUCAUUUCAGUCCCGGCAAUUUGUCAUUCUAUGAAAGAAACUUCGGCCAAUUUAGUCGUGAAAGCACGGAAUUCAUGAACCAGCGAUACAUAUAUCUAAAAUGGAAGGAGAGAUUUUUAGUGGAUAACGAAGAUCAAGAAAAUCCGACCUCGAAAGACAUUUACCAUUUGGAAGGCGCAUCAUUUGAAGGAUUUUACUAUGUGUGUUUAGACCAAGUUACGGGCUCACUCGAAGGUUACUACUAUCAUCCUGCUUGUGAACUGUUUCAGAAACUCGAUCUGUUGCCAACUAAUUGCGAUGAUCUGAACACUCAUUCAAGUGGAUUUGAAAUUGCCUAA